AUGGUGGGUCAGUCGGAGCCGGAGAAGCAUCCAUGGCGUAGUUGCGCCUCCAAGUCGGUGGUCGAGACAGUGACGGGGUCGCACAAGUUCAUUGUAGAGGGUUAUUCUUUGAUGAAAGGAAUGGGAACUGAUAAGUACGUGUCCAGUGAUGUUUUCUCAGUUGGUGGUCAUGAUUGGGUGAUCCGCUUCUACCCUAAUCAAAGCAAAUCUAAGACCUUUACGGGCAUUGCUUUGGUCAGCGACGAUGGUGGUACGGGCAUUCAGGCCUUGAUUGAGUUGAGAUUCUUGGAUAAGAGUGAAAGAGGGGCAUCAUGGACGGGAAACAGUGCAGCGCGGCGUGCCUGA